UUGUUCCUCUCACUUCACUUCCCCUCUUCUUUUCUCUCUUUCCCAUACCCUUCAAUUCCCUCAUCAUCAUUUUUCCUACCCUUUGAUUCCUUAUAUAUCUCUUCUCUUUUUGUCCCCUAACUUGAGAGAUAUAUAUAUUUAUUUUUCCUUAAAAACCAAAUACAACAUAACAAAAUUAAGUAAUAAUGCCAACAUCAACAACAACGUUUGGUGGUGUAGAAACUUCAAAUGCAGACUCAUCAUCCAAACACACCCCCCAAGAAUCUCGUGACCCUCCUCCUUUACUCUCUUCUUCUUACCCAAUCACUCUUAAGUUUAUGGACGUGGGAUACCGAUUGAAGAUAGAGAACAAAAAAGGAAACGGAGGGUGCAUCAAGAAUUUCUUUACACCAUCAUCAUCAUCACCGUCUGAUCAAAGAUCAACGCAAGAGCGAAUCAUACUUAACGGAGUAACGGGAAUAGCUUACCCAGGAGAGAUCCUAGCCAUUCUAGGUCCAUCAGGAAGCGGAAAAUCAACGCUCCUAAACUCACUAGCAGGAAGACUUCAUGGAAACGGACUCACCGGAACAAUUCUCGCUAACUCAUCAAAACUUAACAGAACGGUUCUCCGUCGAACCGGAUUCGUUACACAAGAUGAUAUUCUCUACCCUCAUUUAACCGUCCGCGAGACGCUGAUUUUCUGCUCCAUGCUUCGUCUCCCGAGAAAACUUUCUCGGGAAACGAAAGUAUCAGCGGCAGAAUCAGCUAUCGCGGAACUUGGUUUAACAAAGUGUGAGAACACUAUAAUUGGCAACAGUUUCAUUCGCGGUGUUUCUGGUGGAGAGAGGAAGAGAGUGAGUAUAGCUCAUGAGAUGUUAGUAGACCCGGCGUUAUUGAUCUUAGAUGAGCCUACAUCUGGAUUGGAUUCAACGGCGGCGCAUCGGCUUGUUUCGACGCUGGGAUCGUUGGCGAGGAAAGGGAAGACGGUGGUUACGUCGGUGCAUCAGCCAUCGAGUCGUGUAUACCAAAUGUUUGAUAAAGUGAUUGUGUUAUCAGAAGGUCAGUGUAUGUACUACGGGAAAGGAACCGACGCUAUGAGAUAUUUUGAGUCGGUUGGAUUCGCGCCAUCAUUUCCGGUAAAUCCGGCGGAUUUUCUGCUUGAUCUUGCUAACGGUGUUUGCCAUGCAGAUGGUGUAAGUGAGAAAGAUAGACCAAACAUAAAGCAAAAUCUAAUUCAUUCAUACAACACAGUAUUGGGUCCAAAGGUGAAAGCACUUUGCAUGGACACAGCUAAUGUUUCAACAAGAGACUCUAAGUCUAACCCUUUAAGAAACAACUCUUCAAAAGAACAUAGAUCAUAUAAUAACAGAUUCAGUAUCUUUGAUUGGUUUUACCAAUUCAAUAUUCUGCUCCAAAGAAGCCUCAAAGAAAGAAAAUAUGAAUCAUUCAACACACUAAGAGUUUUUCAAGUUGUUGCUGCUGCAUUACUAGCUGGUUUAAUGUGGUGGCAUUCAGAUUAUAAGAACAUUCAAGAUAGACUUGGAUUACUCUUCUUCAUUUCAAUCUUUUGGGGUGUAUUCCCAUCUUUCAACUCUGUUUUCGCAUUCCCUCAAGAACGCGCGAUCUUUGUUAAAGAAAGAGCUUCUGGUAUGUACACAUUAUCAUCCUAUUUCAUGGCUAGAAUUGUUGGUGACUUACCAAUGGAGCUUCUUCUUCCAACAGUUUUCCUUAUCAUUACUUAUUGGAUGGGAGGAUUAAAGCCUGAUUUGUUAUCAUUUCUCUUGACUUUGUUGGUUGUUCUCGGAUUCGUGCUUGUGUCGCAGGGUCUUGGACUUGCUUUAGGUGCUGCAAUUAUGGAUGCUAAACAAGCUUCCACUGUUGCAGCAGUGACAAUGCUAGCAUUUGUUUUAACAGGUGGAUAUUAUGUCCAUAAGGUACCAUCUUGUGUUGCUUGGAUCAAAUAUAUAUCCACAACAUUCUAUAGUUACCGGCUUUUGACUAGAAUUCAAUAUGGCGACGGCAAGAAAAUAGCAAAUCUAUUAGGCUGCAAUCAUGAAGGUAUUACUAUUGAUGGAGCUAGUUGCAAAUUUCUUGAUGAAGAUGUGGUGGGUCAAAUUGGUGCAAUGGGAUGCAUUGGAGUGUUGUUUUUCAUGUUUGUGUUUUACAGAUUAGUGGCUUACCUUUGUUUGAGGCGCAUCAAGAGUUGAAAAAUUGAAUCAAUUUGUUGACUUCUAGUGCAAGCAACCAUAAAGUUCUUAAUUUUCACACUAGAGUGGCUAUAGUUGAUUUGAACUAACUAUAAUUGAAGAAUGAGAAAAUUUCUGUAAAGUUGUUAGAUAGUUAACAUCAAAAUUUGAAGUGAAGAAAGAAGGGUUUGAAUUCAAAUUCUGUAAGUUUCAUUCUGUACUCAGAAUAUUUAGGGAAGAAAUAAAGAAAUUUCUUUCAUAUGCAAUAUAUAAUCCUUAUGCUAUUCAUUCUGAAAUAGAUUACAAAUUCUGUAAAGUUUCAUUAUGUUAAGUUACAACUAAGAUAAGACAUGAAAUUAAUAAACUUAUAGUACUGAAAUAUUUUAUUUAAAAGAUAUAUAAAAUAAAUAAAAUGAAUUGCGUAUGUUUUCUUUUUCUCUCUC